UCUGCUCACUUCACCCUCAACUACCCCGAGACGGUCGGUUUCGACGAGGACAACGAGCCCACUGCCCCCUGCGGUGGAUUCUCCGCCUCUGAUGCGACCAAUCGCACCCUUGUGCCGCUGGACGGUACUGCUCCUUUCGCGAUCUACGCUGGUCACCCUACCGCUCAGGUUAUUGUCAAGUUGGCAUUGAGCACUGACCCCACCACCAACGCUGACUUCAACAUCACUGUUGUUCCUCAAUUCACUGAGAACGGUUUGGGUGACUUCUGCUUCCCUAGCGUAAACUGGGCUGCUGCUGCUGGCUCCCCUACUGAGGGCCAGAACGCUACGGUUCAAGUUGCCUACGCUGGCGGUGACGGUGUUCUCUACCAGUGUGCCGCUAUCCAGUUCUCCUCCUCGGCU